AUGCCUAGCAAACUGAAAGAAAAUAAAGCAACAGUUGCUGCAUUCAUACUCGACUGGAUAAGUUCAAUUAUACCAACAUUUGUGGGUAUAUUUGUUGCAUUCAUCACAGCUCUUUUAUUUUGGCGUUGUUUCUGCCGCGAUGAUAAAAAGAAUCGCGUCCAUUCUUCUGAAGACUUAACAACACGUGAUAUUUGUAAAAUUGCAUUCAACAAACCGGUACAUUGUUUUAUCUCUUUGGAUUGUAAUUAUCCAUGUUAUAUAGCGCGACCAAAACCACGUUUUCAAGAUGUUGAUAGCGACGGGAUCCAUAUGGCUAAACUAUGUGGUUUAUCAUUUAUAGCGCUUUUCCUAACAUUUCUUAUUGAUUUUUAUCGUUACUGGGUCUGGCGGCAUUAUCAUCCUUCCACAGAUGAAUAUUGUCAUUGUACGCUGUCAAAGAAGCAUCAACGCUACAUACCCUAUCAUUUAAUGGGCAUGCAUCAUACAAUGCUAUUCGGAGAUGAACCAUGUGCAGAUGGUUACGUUUGUACAAAUCGUAAUCUUGAACACAUAAUGAUCUUUCAUCUUGACGAGCACAAGCCACAACAGCGUUACUCAGCUAUAAGGAAAUCUGAGAAACUCGAGGAUACAAUUUACAUUGGUUUUCAUCAAACAUCGCCGGCGAAUUCAUCGUCUAUUGCACACUCGGACUUUCGACCAUCGUCAGAAGGUAAACUCGCACCUGGCAUCUAUUUUGCACGGUCAAAAGCUGGUACGGAAUAUAAAGCAAAUCAACACGGUGCAUAUAUUGCAGCUGAAGUGCACAUGGGCAGAGUGAAGGAGGUCACAGAUGAAAAUUUAAACGAUUUCAAAAAUCCAAACUCAUCGCCGUCUGAUGCUGUAUAUUUGAAUCACGAAAACGAAGAUAAAGAUGAGUUUUGUGUCAAAGAUGCAUCACAGAUUAAAAAAUGGGUUAUUGUCGUUGAUCAACAAUAUGACACACGUCCGAAAAAGUUGGGACUAAUCAAUGAAUUUGAUGAUACACGGAUGGGGUGUGACUACAUUUACUGUUGA